CUAAGACUUUUCUGCUACCUCGAUCAUCUCUUCAAAUGGUGUUAAUGAAAGGGCUUUUUAAUUAUUGUUAUGUUUAUUUUUGCCCUUUUCCUUUUUUUUUUCCCCUAGAAUUUGAUCCCUUUCCCCUUAUAUUCCUGUUUUUGAAACCCUUCGUCAAUCACACCUAAGGCGCGGUCUAAUUAACUACAAGACGCAGCCUAAUUAGCUACUACACCAUUUGUUUCUUUCUAUUUCCAUUUUAUGAUCAUAAUAGUAUGGUAUUAAAUGUGGUGGUUUAUGCUUGUAAAUUUUUUUGGAGGAUGACGGUUAUUUUUGACAAAUUUACUUAACAUGGGCUUUGUCUUAAACCUUGUAAUAUAGAAUUGAGCAACACAUACACCAUGGGAAGGGGAAAAUUAGAGAUGAAGAGGAUAGAGAACAGAACUAAUAGGCAGGUGACCUACUCGAAGCGACGACAAGGGCUAAUGAAGAAGACCAAAGAACUUGCCAUUCUUUGUGAUGCUCAAAUUGGUCUCAUCAUCUUUUCUGGAACUGGAAAACUUCAUACUUAUCCUGAAUCUUCCAACAGCAGUCUAGAGCAAACCAUACAGAGGUAUUUGAAUGUACAAGGCAUUCAGCUUCCAGUACAGGAUAAUCGGGAAGAACUAUUUUCGGAGCUGCAAGCGUUAAGGGAAGCGAUUCACAACGCCGAGCAAAGCAUAAGGAACUACUUGGGCGAGGAUUUGGGUCCUCUUCCCCUUGAGUACCUGCAUAAACAUGAACAAAAGCUUGAAUCCUCCUUGAAUGUAAUUCGAGUACGAAAGAACCAGCUCAUGCAACAGCAAAUGGAAAAUCUUCGCAGAAAGGAACAAUUGUUGCAGACUGACAAUGGAAACAUGUAUCAUUGGUUGAUGGGAGGUGGGCAACUUCAAGAGCAGCAGCAGCAGCAACUAAUGGGGCAGAUGCCGUUUAUCUAUGGAGAAGACCAGCCAAGUAGCAGUACUGUACUCCAGCUUGGUACUUCAUCUUCAUCGCCUCAUCAGUAUUAUCCCUACCACCUUCAACCCACUCAUCCUAACCUUCAAGACUAUGAGUGAGUUGUUUCCAAAGCAAGGCUAUGCGCGUGGGUGUAUCAGUUCAUGCAGAAUGAAGAUGGAUAUGCUUCAAGUGUGGCUUUAUAGUUUUAGAACUAAAAACGUUUUACAAAUGCUUGCUACUACAUAAAUCUUGUUACAUAGUUUACAAAUUAAACCUGUAUUUAGUUUCAGAAAAUUAUCUCUGAUGUAUGAUAUUUCUGAUUGUUGUGUACUCCUGUUUUAACUUUUAUCAUUUGAUUUAUGUAGAGUGUGUAAUUUCUC